AGCACACCUCCGUGUGUGUGGCUCACGGCAGCUGGGUGUGAGCACCGAUUACAGCUGCCUCUUCCUGGGCUUGUGGCAGGAGGAGCGUGUCAGUCAAGGGCGCUACAAUAGCACGUGCAGCAGGGCUGCCUCACAACCCACCCGAGAGGCUUCUGUGAACUCCAGCUGCUGCAUGAGAAUGAGCUUGGAGCUUUUUGCCUGAUCACGGAACAGAGCCCCUGCUCAGUAACGCAUCCGAGGUGAAGUGUUACCUGAGUAGGGACUCUGAAUAAUGCAUUUCCCGGGGACGACUGUUGCAGCGCAAGAGAAUGCGGGAACUCCUAGCAAGACUCCUGCCUGAGACGGGAAGAUGUCUUACUAUCAUUUCAUCAAGUGCUGUUGCUUCCAGCUAUGCAACGCCUUCAGAUCCCGUGAGAUGGAAAUUGACCAGUGCUUGCUGGAGUCGCUCCCUCUGGGCCAGCGGCAGCGGCUGGUGAGGCGCAUGCGCUGCGAGCAACUCAAAGCCUACUACGACCGAGAGAGAGCGCUGCAGAGGCAGGAGGGUUUCCUGAAGAGGCUCAGGCAGGGCAGGAGCCCGAAGGUGCGGUUCGGCCUGGCGGACGUGAUACAGGACGCCAUCAUCCACCACGAGGACAAGGAAGUGCUCCGGCUCCUGCAGGAAGGCGCAGACCCACACACUUUGGUGUCCUCCGGAGGGUCCUUACUCCAUCUGGAUCCUGACUUCAUUUCUGGGAUGAAGCUUGGCAAUGAGAGUUUUCAGUGUGCUCGGUAUGACAAUGCCUUCAUUGCAGAGAUCCUGAUUGACAGAGGAGUCAAUGUCAACCACCAGGAUGAGGAUUUCUGGACGCCAAUGCACAUCGCCUGUGCGUGUGACAACCCUGAUAUCGUGCUGCUGCUGGUGUUGGCUGGGGCCAAUGUCCUUCUCCAGGAUGUGAAUGGAAAUAUCCCACUGGAUUAUGCCGUGGAAGGGACUGAAUCCAGCUCUAUCCUGUUGACCUAUCUGGAUGAAAAUGGAGUGGACCUGGCCUCACUGCGCCAGCUGAAGCUUCAGCGACCCAUGAGUAUGUUAGCCGAUGUCAAGCGCUUCCUGUCAUCGGGAGGAAAUGUUAACGAGAAGAACGAGCAAGGGGUCACUCUGCUGCAUAUGGCGUGUGCCAGUGGCUACAAGGAGGUGGUGUCGCUUCUCCUGGAGCACGGUGGAGACCUCAAUAUCCCAGACGACCAGUACUGGACGCCUCUCCACUUGGCAGCCAAGUAUGGCCAGACGAACCUGGUGAAACUCCUCUUGAUCCAUCAGGCAAACCCAAAGCUUAUGAACUGUAACGAAGAGAAGCCAUCAGACAUCGCUGCCUCUGACUUUAUUGAGGACAUGCUGCUGAAAGCCGAAGCUGCAUGGGAAGAGAAGAUGAAAGAGCCUUUAUCUCCUCCCUCCUUAGCCCAAGAGGAGCCGUAUGAAGAGAUCAUACAUGAGCUUCCAGCACCUCCCAGCAAGCUCAGUCCCCUGGUGCUACCAAUAGCCAAGCAAGACAGUUUGUUGGAAAAAGACAUCAUGUUCAAAGAUGCAACAAAAGGGCUGUGUAAGCAGCCGUCCCCGGACACCACCCCCGAACAUACCGCGAUGCACAGCUGCAGCAGACCUGAGCAGGUCAAGCUCAUGCCGCCUGCUCCCAACGAUGACCUGGCCACGCUCAGCGAGCUCAAUGACCGCAGCCUGCUGUAUGAAAUUCAGAAACGCUUCGGGAACGACCAGAUCUACACUUUCAUUGGGGAUAUCCUCCUGCUGGUCAACCCAUUCAAGGAACUCCCAAUUUAUUCUACCAUGGUGUCGCAGUUGUACCUCAGCCGCACGGGGACGCCCAGCCCCUCGCUGCCCCCCCAUCUCUUCUCCUGUGCGGAGCGUGCCGUGCACCAGCUGUUCCGGGACCGCAGGCCUCAGUGCUUCACCCUCAGUGGAGAGCGAGGAUCCGGGAAGUCAGAGGCCAGCAAGCAGAUAGUGAGACACCUGACCUGCCGCUCCGUCUCCGGCCGAGCCCUGCUGGACUCCAGGUUCAGACACGCCAUGUGCAUCUUAGAAGCCUUUGGACACGCCAGGACGCCGCUCAAUGACCUGUCCAGUUGCUUCAUAAAGUAUCUAGAAGUGCAGUUUAGUGAGAGGAAGAAGCAGGUGACUGGAGCCAGAAUCCAUACCUACAUGCUAGAGAAGUCCAGACUCGUGUCACAGCCCCUCGGCCAGAGCAAUUUCCUGGUUUUCUACCUGAUGAUGGAUGGACUAUCCGCUGAGGAGAAGUUCGGACUCCGCCUCAGCAAUCUGUGUGCACACCGGUAUUUGAACCAGACCACAAGGGGAGAUGCAGCCACCGCAGAGCAUGUGCUGAACCGGGAGAGAUUCAUGGCUCUGAAACAAGCUCUGGCUGUCAUUGGCUUCAGCAACCUGGAGGUGGAGAACCUGUUUGUGAUUCUGGCCGCCAUACUGCACCUCGGGGACAUCCAGUUCACCGCCCUCACCGACGCCGACUCAGCCUUCGUGUCCGACCUCCAGCUCCUGGAGCAAGUGGCUGGGAUGUUGCAGGUAUCAACAGAUGAAUUGGCAUCUGCCUUAACAACUGAUAUUCAGUAUUUUAAAGGAGACUUGGUAGUACGGCGCCACACUGUACAGAUGGCUGAGUUUUACCGCGACCUGCUGGCCAAGUCCCUGUACAGCCGCCUCUUUGGCUUUCUGGUGAACGCCGUGAACUGCUGCCUGCACAGCCCAGAGCAGGACUCCAGCACCCAAGCACUGGACAUUGGGAUACUGGACAUCUUUGGCUUUGAAGAAUUUCAGAAGAAUGAGUUUGAACAACUCUGUGUCAACAUGACCAACGAGCGGGUGCACCACUAUAUCAAUGACGUGCUUUUCCUACAAGAGCAAACAGAAUGUGUACAAGAGGGAGUUACCAUGGAAACCACAUAUUCUCCUGGUAGCCAGGCUGGAGUUUUGGAUUUCUUUUUCCAGAAGCCAUCAGGAUUUCUCUCUUUGUUGGAUGAAGAAAGUCAAACCAUCUGGUCGGCGGAACCAACCCUUCCAAAGAAGCUCCAAAGUCUGCUGGAAUCGUCGAACACAAAUGCAGUGUACCCGCCUGCGAGGGACGGGAACGGGAACGUGGCACUCCGGGGUGCGGGCUCCGCCUUCACAGUCAUGCACUACGCGGGACGGGUAAUGUAUGAAAUUGCUGGAGCAAUUGAAAAAAAUAAAGACUCUCUUUCACAGAAUCUUCUAUUUGUAAUGAAAACUAGUGAAAAUGUUGUGAUCAAUCAUUUGUUCCAGUCAAAGUUGUCACAAACAGGAUCCCUGAUAUCGUCCUACCCUCCCUGUAAAUUCCGAGGACACAAGGCGGCCUUGCUCAGCAAGAAAAUGACGGCUUCGCCGGUUAUCCGGGAAAACAGGAAUUAUCCAGAGUUCAGUAAGUUAUUAAAAAAGAAAGGAACUUCUAGCUUUCUUCAAAGACUGGAACGGGGAGAUCCAGGGACCAUCGCAGCUCAGCUCAGGAAGUCCCUGGCGGACCUCACCGGCAGGCUGCAGCGGUGCGCGCCCCACUUUGUGCACUGCAUCAAGCCCAACAAUGCGCAGCUGCCCGACGCCUUCGACCACUUCUACGUGUCCGCGCAGCUGCAGUACCUGGGGGUGCUGGAGCUGGUGAAGGUCUUCCGCCACGGCCACCCCGUCCGCCUCUCCUUCUCCGACUUCCUGUCCAGAUACAAGCCCUUGGCCGAGACCCUCCCAGGUGGGAGGAAGGAGCCGUCUGUGGAGGAGAGAUGCAGGCUCGUUCUCCAGCAGUGCAAGCUACAAGGCUGGCAGAUUGGUGUCCGCAAGGUGUUCCUGAAGCACUGGCAUGCAGAGCAGCUCGGCGACCUGUGCCUGCAGCUGCAGAGGAAGAUCGUGACCUGCCAGAAAGUUAUCAGAGGGUUUCUAGCCCGCCAGCACCUGCUCCAGAAAAUGCGCGCCAAGCAGCAGGAGGUGCUGAGAAUCAGGAGCUUCCUGCAGGACACAGAGGACCUGGCACUGCGGACCUACGAUGCCCUCGUCAUCCAGAACGCGGCGGACAUCGCCCGGGAGAGCGACAGGCUCCGCAGGGAAGUGGGCACUGCCUAUCCCAGGGACAAGGCAGGGACCAAGGGCAGGCCCGAGGAAGGAGCCAGAAGAGCCGAAGACCAGGGUGGGUCCUGGCACACGCACUCCAGCUCUCCGUCCACCCGGUCUCCAUCACUGCAUCCUGCAUUCAGCGUGGAUGACAGCAGCGGCCUCCCGUCGCCACGGAAACAACCUCCGCCCAAGCCCAAGAGGGACCCCAACACGCGGCUGAGCGCCUCCUAUGAGGCCGUGAGCGCCUGCCUGUCCGCGGCAGCCAAGGACCCGGCUGGAGACGCUCUGACAAGGCCCAGGCCCCACAGCGAUGACUACAGCACCAUGAAGAAGAUCCCCCCACGAAAGCCAAAGAGAAGCCCCAACACUAAGCUCAGUGGUUCCUAUGAGGAGAUCUGGGGCCCACGGCCCCCAGGCGUGGCUGGCCAGGUGGGUGCACGCCAGGUCCCAGGGACCCCAAGCGCACCAAGGACUUCACCUCAGUGCACCCCACAGCUGCCACUGCACCUGCCCUUGCCCCCAGAGGACGAUGACGACGACGAUACUGAGCCGGUGUAUAUCGAGAUGGUGGGGAACGCGGCCAGGCCCGGGGGCCCUGAAGCCCACAGCCCGGAGCAGGGGGAGUCGGUCUACGAGGAGAUGAAGUACUUCCUGCCCGAGGAGGGCUGUGGCCCGGGCGCCGGCUCCUGGCUCCUGGCCCCAGCCCCCGCCCCGCGGGACACGAGUGACAUCCCCGCGCCCUUCCCCAACCUGCUGCCGCACCGGCCGCCCAUGCUGGUCUUCCCGCCCGCGCCGGCCACCAGCUCGCCGGCCUCGGACGAGUCCCCGCUGACGCC